AUGUCUGGGCAUGAUCUGGUGAUGGUGCAACUGUUUGAGUGGACCUGGCCUGAUAUUGGCAGAGAGUGUUUGGAGCAUUUGGGGCCAGCUGGGUAUGAUGUGGUCCAAGUGUCCCCUGCGCAAGAGCACGUGGUGGGUGACAAGUGGUUUGACCGAUACCAACCUGUAUCUGACAAGCUUGAAUCCCGGUCAGGUACUCGAGGUGAAUUCAUCGAAAUGGUGAGAACGUGUAAGCAGGCUGGUGUGGAAGUCAUGCUCGACGUCAUCUUAAAUCACAUGGCCAGCACACACAUUCAAACCCCCAAGAGUGCACAAGGGAAGACUUGUGGGCGCGACAAGGAGACAGCCACAGAGACCACAUCGAAAUGCCUUGGCUUCGCUGGCACUGAAUACGGUGAGAGGCGUUUCAACAUGAGUGGGGAUGGGGAACUCAAGUUCUUGCCAACGGAUUUCCACCAUUAUCCCGGAAACCCUCAAGCCAAUUGCCAUUUGCCUCCUUGGACCGACAACCGCCACACGUGCGAUCUCAAUGGGCUUCCCGACUUGGACCAGGAGCAGCUGAGUGUGCGGCACAAGCUACAGCGUUUCCUCCUCGACGUGUUCGAAAUCGGUGUUACGUACUUGCGUGUUGACGCUGCUGCUCACAUAUAUCCUUCGUCGCUGGGAAAGCUUCUGGAGCCGUUUCCAUGGGAUUACAGUCUCUUGGAGGUGUAUCCCGCUCCCCUCUACGAGCAGCAGACCAAGCAAUAUCUGCUCGCCAUCGGCUCGUUGACCGACUUCUCCUAUGGAGCGCGGAUCGCAGGCAGGAUGUUCGACUACUACGACGCAUAUGAGAAGACGUGGCGUUCCAACGCGGACCGUUUCAAGAAUCUCCUCUAUAUGACCGACACUGAGCCAGAUUGCUCCGACAGCAUGUGCGAAUCUCCUUGUCCCAAAGAGAAGGCGACGAUCUUCCUCGACAACCACGACCAGCAGCGGUACGCCUGGAACGAGCGCUACCAGGAGUCGGGCCAGACCGCGCCCCCGGAGGUGAUGUGCAAGUGGGACCGGCAGAGCGGGGGGACACCCGCGUGCCGGCCCAUCUACAAGCACGGGCAGGCGUACCUGCUGAUGACGCUGUACACGCUGGCGUUCCCCUACGGCGCCUCCGUCAAGAUCAUGUCGUCCUACUUCUGGGACGACUUCGGCAGGGGGCCGCCGGGCCUGUCGGAGGACUCGCUCACCGAGAAGCCGACGUCAGUGCACGACGCUUCGGAUUCCAAGGCGCGUCCUGGAAGGUGUCGGGAAACACCGACGGAGACCCCUCUGGACGAGGUUGACGACAGGGAAGACUCUCAUAGGUGGAUAUGCGAGCACCGCUGGCGUGGCGUUGCUGCACUCGUGCGGUUCCGUCAGGUUGUCAGGCGCGUGCACGGCCUGGCCAACACGAGCGCUGUGACUCUGAGGCACGUCGAGGAGAGCACGGAGGCCUGCGAAGGAGGGGGCUGCAUAGCGUUCGGCCUGGGGAACCUCUCCUUUGUGGCCCUGCAUCGCGGGUACAACGGACUCACCCGCAUCGGAUCUUCGGAACCGUGGGACAUGACGGGUGUCGCAACGGGCCUUCCGCCGGGGAGUUACUGCAACUUGGCGAGGUGGGAAGGUCCAUUGGACGAGCCGAGCGGCAAGGCGAUGCAGUGCCCGGGCGCGCCUGUCCAGAUAGGCACCGACGGCACCAUAAUCGACGGCGGCAUCGUUGAGUCGGGCUCGGCGAUCGUGGUCCUGAAGGACUACGUCAGUGACCACGUGGGAAGCCAUGCGGCUGCCGCGAGAGAUGUUGCGGUCGAGCUGGUGGUAUGA